AAAUAAAAAUAUUUACUUUAUCUUUUCCAGUUGGGGAGAAUUUGAGAAUUUUGAUAUAGUAAUGGACCAAUGUAUUGAAGAUGCGACGACGACGACGACGACGACGACGACGACGACGACGACGACGACGACGACGAUUGAGUAAAUUUGGGAAAAGUGGAAAUACAAUUAUAGAUGAUUUUAUUUUAAAAAAAAAAUUAAGAUGGAUUCCUUAUAACCGAUUUAAAAAUGUUGAAUAUCUUAAUGAAGGAGGAUUUGGUACUAUAUACAAAGCUAUUUGGUUAAAGAAUAAUAAAGAUGAAAAAGAAGUAAUUUUUAAAUGUCACAAGAAUUUAAAUGAAAAUUUAAAUGAUUUUUGAAAGAAUGGGACUAUCAUAAGAAUUGUUUAAAUUCAUCACAUGAAAUUGUAAAUUUUUAUGGAUUUACAAAAGAUCCAGAGAUUUCAAAAUAUAUAGUAGUAAUGGCUUAUGCAAAUAAUGGUAAUUUAAGAGAAAAUUUAACAAGAAUAGUCAAAAAUAAUUG